AUGGACUUGGAGAAGUUUGUUGGCUACCGGGUGUUUGCUGACGACGCUAAGGCCCGCUGCCGGGAGCUAGACCGCUGCGGCGAGGGUCUGAACCAGCAGGAGCUGUGCGACGCCCUGGUUUCCCUGCUGCAGCGGCAAGCCCCAAGCAAUGACGCCGGCAGCGGCGGCGCUGACGCCGCAUGUUACGGUAGCAGAGGCGGCAGCGAAGAGAAUGAGGGAGCCCAGCAGGGCGCGGGGCGGGAGCGAGAGCGGAAGGAUUCAAAGCGCUACGAGGACGACAAGCAGGCGAGGCGAUCCGCGUCCCCGCAACGUUUGCCGUCACGCUUGCUGCGGACGCCGCCAUCGGCUUCGGCUGUGUCGCUGCUGCCCUCGGGAUCGGGGCCGUCGGUAGUAGCAAGCGGUGUCGGCCGCCGCGGGAAGGAUAAGAAGAAGAGCCAGAGGGAGUUAGGCAAGGGAGGGGAGGAGGAGGAGGANGAGGAGAAGGAGGAGGAGGGGGAGGAGCAGGAGCAGGAGCAGGAGCAGGAGGGGGAGAAGGAAUCACGAGAUUUGGCUCAAGUGGGGUCCUCAGUUGGGUGUGCGGACAACAACGCCGGCGGCGGCGGCGGCGGCGGCGGUUUUGUACCCCCGACACCAUCACCGUCACCGCCGCGACAGCGCCAGCCCCAGCGGCCAGAGGCCAACCGUACAGCGCCCCUGAACGCCGGCGCAGCCAAGUCGAAGUCGUCGCGGGUGGUCAGCGUUGCAGCCAGCGAUAGCGUCUCGGGGGAAGGGCGGGGGGCGGAGACAAAGUUGGGCUCAGGGAAGAGAACGACGGGGCCGGCGGAUGACGCGAAUGAAACGAACAAGCGGAGGAGAACAGGGGGCGCUGUGGAUGGGAACCAUAGGGUGUUGUUACGGGUUGGUGCUGGUGUUAGUGCCGCUGGCGCUGCUGUGGGGAGGGGCAGCAACAGCCCUGCCCCGAGAAAGAGGCCCCGUCGAUCGUCCGGUAUCUUCCCCGAGAGCGUUAUCUCGAAGGUGCCGCGCCUGGCGCUGGACUUGUCUGCGAGGCUGGGGUGCGGCGUGACCACCGAGCAGGCGAAGGCGGCCUGUCGGGAGCUGGACAGAUGCGGAGAUCGCCUGACCUCAGAAGAGCUCGCGGACGCCUGCGUGGGCCAUUUCCUGAUCAUACCCCCCGCGGCGCAAGACACCGAGGGCCAGGAAGGAGAAGGGCAUGCGGCGCAAUUACCGUCGCCGCCGUCGCCACCGCCGGCACCGGCGCCGGUGCAACUGCCACCCGUCGUUGGUACCAGCCCGAGCCAAGCCGUCAAACCCGCAAGAAUUCCGGACAGCGUCGCCGCGAAGGUGCAUCGGUUGGCGCUGGAUCUGGAGACCUUCAUGGGGCGCCCGGUGUCGUGGGAGGAGGCCGAGGCUGGCGUGCGAAAGCUGGAAAAUUGCGGCGAGAGCUUGACGCAGCAGGAGCUCUGCGACGCGUGCGUGUGCCACCUUGUCUGUGGCGAUGGCGGCGGCGGUGGCGGUGGAGCGAGCGGGGUCGCCGAGGUCGGCGGCGUCCGCCGUCGGCCGUGGUCUCCUGAGGGGCCGCGAAUAGACUGGCGCUCUCACAUCCCCACGCGGGCCGAGGUGGUCCCUCAAGGGGGCCUUUCCGACAUGUUCCGGUCGAGCCUUGGCGGCGGCGGCGGCGGCGUGGGGACCGGCGGCGAGCCUGGCAGCGGGGGGGAGCAAGCGUGCAUCACGAGCAAAGGCGGCGGCACCAAGAACAGAGCGGACGGCGCAAGCGCCGCGGCUACCGCUUGGGCAGCGCGGGCGGUAAACGGAGGGGCAACAAGACCCCCGAACAACGACAAGCGCGCCGAACAAGUCGACGGCAGGAGCAAAGUCAGCAGCAGCAGCGGUAGCGGUAGCCGCAAGAAACAACGCCGCAACAAGGUCGACGGCACAACGCCGCUCUCCUCAGGCCGCCUAAAUUGCGACGUCGGCGAGUUCGUCGUGUUCCCCACGCCCCGCUCCUCUCCGGUCCCGUUCCUCCUGGGCAAGAUCCUGCGGAAGAGGGUGCUCGCAAGCGGUAAGGCCGGCGUCCCGUCGAGGACAGAGGUCACCGUCCACUGGUACACGCCCAAGACAAGGCCGCCGCCGCCGCCGCCGCCUCCUGUUGCCCGGGGCAACGGCGACGACGCCGGGACGCGGGCGCAGGCGUUGGAAGCGGAGGCGGUGGCGAGGUACACCUCGGGAGGCUGGUCCGGGGACUUCGUGCCCACGUGCGGUGGCGGCGGAGGCGGCGGCGGGGCCACCAGGAGGCUGAAGAGCGACACCGGGGAGGAGGACCUGGCGGCGGCGAUGGUGGUGUUCCCGGGGCUGUUGCGGUCCAACGACGCCAUGCCAGCGGGCGUGCGGGACGCCGUGAUCUCGGCGGUGUUGGCGGCAAGGGCGGCGGACAAUGCCGAGGAGAGCAGGAGGAAGCAGCCACUGGGGGGGGUCGGGCACGGCGAGAACAAGGAGCGGGAGGGGGGCACCAGCGGUAAGGAGGCGGGGCCGAGCGCGAGGCAAGACGGGCCGGGCAGUCGGCAGAAAGGAGCGGGUCGGAAGGGCGCCGGGGGGGCGAUGUUGAACGCAGACGGCACUUUCGCCGCGGCGGCUGCCGUAACGGCCGCAGUCGCGGAAGAGGAGGGCUGGGAGACGGACGAUUCGGCCGACGACUUUGAGUGACCGACCGCAGCUACGAAACAGUUCGUCCUCUUGUGGCACAGACGCUACUUUUGUACGAAGAAAUGCGAGGAAGAUCAGAGCGGGGGAACCCUCCUUCGAGGAGAUAAAUGUAGAAGCAAAUUGAAAAGUGGGUGUAGCUUCGUGCACCCGUGCAGGCGGCGGGGGGUAGAGUCCGACAGCAGAUACCCUAUUCUUGGCUUUUCUCGUGUGUUUUCCUUAAAUUGGCAUCGACCACGCUAGCUGGAUGACCACUAUGAAGGCGUCGCUAUCGUGGUGGGACAAUACCUGUAUGGACGCUUUCCAAACGGCGGGCUCUCCAAGCAGGGGGUUCGCGGAGAGUAAUUUCAAUGUGCGUGUGUAGAGCGUCGACCGCGCUAGCCUAGAUGACCAACAAAAUGCGUCAGUCCUAUGGCGAGAUAAGAAACGCUACCACGAUAUCUGGGCAUGUCUUGUGAUUUAUUUUUUUGUUGAACUAUCGACCUGGUCAAACCGGCUGAUUCAGCAGUGACUGCCGCGAGUUUGAAGAUCGAAUUCGCUUUUCUGAUGUGCGCGUGUUUGUUUCAGCGGUAUGCGUCGCCAGAAACCGGUGUGUGUGUGUGUGUGUGUGUGUGUGUGUGUGUGUGUGUGUGUUGUCUUGCAUGCGGCGUUGGAUUUAAUGUUUUAUCAAGCACAGCGGCGUGUCCCCCGCGUGUUGAAGCAGCGUGUCACGCACGAGAGCGUCAAAUUGAGGGAAGGGAAGGAAGGGGAACCAACUCGGGCUGCUAUUGUGGAGAUUUCAGAUCAUGUCUUGUGGACCCCAACACCCCAAUGAACAUUUUGUUCGGUUUUGUACAGUAAACUUUUUUUUGGUCCUUGCGCAACAAUGCUUUCAACAGAUUUCGCGUUACUUCCGGUAGUUGUUUUGGUAUUGUGUGCAGGUUUCCUU